AUGGAGCAGUAUGUGCUGCUGGACCCCCGGCAGAGGGCCCUGUACAGGGAUGUCAUGCAGGAGAGCUACGAAACCCUGAUGGCCCUUGAAUUUCCACUUUCCAAGCCUGACCUGCUCUCCCGACUGGACCGAGGGGAUGAGCCGACAGCCCUGGAUCUCCACAUGCCCAGAGGUGGCCGGGCAGGUGAUGGGAAAGAAAAAGAGAAACCCCAGCAAGCGAGCCCGGAGGAGCCGGCCUCGGAAAAAGCCGACGGCGCUGGGAAGGCUCCCCAAAGCCCCGAGGCGGGGGAGAAGCUGCCGGCUAACAGCGGGGAGAGCCCCAACACUUGCCCUGAGUGUGGCAAGACCUUCAGCCACAAGUCGGCGCUGGCCAAGCACCAGAAGAUCCACACGGGCGAGAGGCCCCACAAAUGCCCCGACUGUGGCAAGACCUUCAUCCAGCGUUCGGACCUGACCAUCCACCGGCGGGUGCACACCGGGGAGCGCCCCUACGCUUGCCCCGACUGCGGGCGCCGCUUCAGCGUCAGCUCCUCCCUGCUGACCCACCAGCGCACCCAUGCGCCGGGCGGCGAGAAGCCCAACCGCUGCCCGCAGUGUGGCAAGAGCUUCGCCGACCCCAACGCCCUGGCCCGGCACCAAAAGAGCCACCUGGGCGGCAAGCCGUACGAGUGCGGCGUCUGCGGCAAGGCCUUCGCCUGGAGCUCCCACCUGGAGCGGCACCAGCGCAUCCACACGGGAGAGAAGCCCUUUCAGUGCGGGGAGUGCGGCCGGGCCUUCGCCUGGAGCUCCCACCUGGACCGCCAUAUGCGCACCCACGCAGCGGCCGUGGAGGAGGAGGAGGCCGAGGAGGAAGCCCCGCCCCCGCCUCAGAGAUGUGCCGACUGCGGUAAGCGCCUCAACCACCAGACGGACCCGCAGCGCUUCAAGCACAAGGGGACGCAGACCCAGGAUGGCGGCGGGGUAGUAGAGGGGCCCGACCAGGUUGAGGAGAGUGGCCCUGAGCGGCCCCACCGCUGCCAACAGUGCGGCAAAUGCUUUAGCCAGAGCUCGAACCUGCUCAAACACCAGCGCGUGCACACGGGCGAGCGCCCCUACGCCUGCCCGGACUGCGAGCGCCGCUUCCGCUGGGGAUCGGCCCUGGCCAAACACCGGCGCACCCAUCCGUACCCAUGCGGGGCCUGCGGGAAGAGUUUCGGCUGGAUCUCACACCUGGAGCGUCACCGGCGCAUCCACACGGGAGAAAAGCCCUACCGGUGCGGGGAGUGCGGGCGGGCCUUCGCCGUCAGCUCCCACCUGGAGCGGCACCGGCGCAUCCACACCGGCGAGCGGCCCUACCGCUGUGGCGACUGCGGCAAGAGCUUUGCCGUCAGCUCCACCCUGCUGGCUCACCGGCGCACCCACGCCACCCGGGAAGGGAGGCCUCACCAGUGCCCCGACUGUGGCAAAGGCUUCGCCUGGAGCUCGCACUACGACCGGCACCGGCUCACCCACACCGGAGAAAAGCCCUUCCCUUGCGCCCACUGUGGCAAGCGCUUCGGCCGCAGCUCCCACCGCAACCGGCACCAGCGGGCCCAUGCCCAGGCCGGCGCAGAGAAACGGCACGUCUGUCCCGACUGCGGCAAAGCCUUCAGCCUCAGCGCGGCCCUGGCGGCCCACCAGAGACUCCACGCCGCCGGCACCAACAGCCCACUCUCCCUGCUGCCGCCCACCUGGUGGGAGGCUGAGAGGAGGACCGGGACAACCACGCCACCGCCCGAGGCCUGGGCUGAGGAUCCUGCCACCCACUUCCAAUGCCCUGUCCCCUCCUCCUCCCCGACUGCCACCCCCCGGGCCUGGGCGACCAAGUCUCUCUCAGCUCCCGGCGCAUGGAGACCAGGGGAAGGGGAGGCCAGUGCUGCUGCCUCUCCAGAGAGCUGGGCCCAGCAACCUCCUCCCAGCUCCUAA